AUGAAAACACUAGUUGAAGAGAUUGAUAAAAGGACAUAUAAUCCCAAUUCGUAUUUCACAUCGUUGGACCCUCAAGCACGUCGAUAUACUUCUAAAAAAAUUAACAAGCAUGGCACAACAUCUACGUCCAGGCCCGUAAAACGCAUAAACUAUUCGCUAGCCGAUUUAGAGGCUAAGCUCUACACUUCCAGGCCGGACGGUGAUGCUAAUAAUAUCAGUGGACAGGAUGAUCGAAAAGGUAAGAAUUCGAACUCAUUUGAGGAAAGAUAUACACCACAGGAGCUUCUCCAGUCGAACAGGAGGUUUAUGGAACUGAAUACAGAGAACCUGUCAGAUUUGCCCAAUGUGCCAACUUUAUUGAGUGAUCUGACCAGCGUACCACGAGAUAGAAUCGAAUCGACCACGAAACCAAUCUCCCAGACUUCAGACGGUCUCUCCGCAUUGGUUGGUGGUGCAUCUUUUGGGAAAGAGCACUCCAAGUACGGUCAUGGUUGGGUACUGAAGCCGGAGACUUUAAGGGAGGUUCAAUUAUCUUAUAAGUCUACAAAACUACCUAAACCGAAGAGAAAAAAUACUAAUCGUAUUGUAGCAUUAAAGAAAGUUUUGAGUUCAAAGAGAAAUUUGCAUUCGUUUCUGGAUUCAGCCCUUCUAAACAUGAUGGACAAGAAUGUUAUUUAUCAUAACGUUUAUAAUAAGAGGUAUUUCAAAGUCUUGCCCCUGAUUACCACAUGCUCUAUAUGCGGAGGUUAUGACAGUAUUUCGAGUUGUGUUAAUUGCGGUAGUAAGAUUUGUUCUAUAAGCUGUUUUAAACUGCAUAAUGAAACUAGGUGCAGAAAUAGAUAG